AUGGCCGAGACUCGCCGGAUUGGGGACAGGAACAACCUCCUGAUUACCUAUAUGCGUCUCAAUCAUCCCCGGCUUUGCUUGAUCAUAGAAGAUAUUUGCUACCCGUCCGCCGUCUUAUUGAUUUCGAACCGCUUAGGCAACCCAACACUGGAUAUCAGCACGGCCGAGACUCGCCGCCUUGGGGUCAGCCACUACCUCUUCAUCAUCCCAUACGACGACACUUUCCUAACAGCUCGCCGCCUUUACGAUAUUGAGCUAGUCAGUCAACCUAGCGUAUCAUCUCUAUCUGAUCGAAGCUGGCCAGAUUGGGGGAAAGAGCCAUUUUUUCAAUUGCCAGAUGCAACAGGAGUGGUUCCGCGAGAAUGGUAUGCGCCGGAAUUUCAGAUUGUCUACUCCAAUGGGUGGAUUAAUGCGAUACCCGUUCGCCCGUUGGGCUAUGACUGGACCAUGCUACCUGUCCAGCCCUCUCAAUAUGACAGAGACUCCCUAGUCAGCGAAGAUUCUGAACCCCUACCCAUUAAUGGACUUGGUUCAUUAAAAGAUCCUCAAAAGUACAAAUGGCUAAGGGCCCAUCACAGAUCGAUGUCAAUUGAGCGUGCUUGUAAGGCCUGGGAAUAUGAGUUAAGAAACGGUGACCCGAACUCAGAUCCAAUCGAUGCCGACACCAAGAGCCUCUUUGGCUCACUCGAAAGAUUGGAAACGAGCUUCGUGGAGAAUCAGCCAGGGAUAGACGCACCACAAGAAUCGUUUGUUAAACAGCCACCUAAACGGUACAAAAUCAGUGAGAUGCCUCAAGACGAUCUGCAAUCGAAAACAUCGGAAAAAGCCGACAAAGAGGAGUUGCCUUUCUGGCUUGGACCUAGGUUGGGUAUUCGUUUGCCGCCGGGCAUGGUAAACCUGGCCGCGCCGCACAUCCCGCAUUAUCUAGUGCGUACACUCGAAGAUCCGCUCAGGUUUCUCCCUUCAAAGCUUCGGUUCAAGAGGAAUUUCCCAUUCAAAAAUGUCAUUCCAAAGAAAGGUCAAAUCGGCCUCCAUCCAGCUUUCCGUACCGCCGCACCAGAAAUCAUUCUCCAGGCAGAAAGGGAUCUCGAACUUGCCAAAGAACGUCAGUUCCAAACUCCGGAGGAAGCAUGGAGGUCUCCUAUUAUAGGUGAAUUCGACGGCGAUACUGGGAGAGAGCCCCUGUGGGAAUAUCCACGGACCACAGCUUCUGAUGGUGGAAGUCUCACCAGCGAGCUCGACGCUCUUGACCAGUUUAUGUGGGGGGAAUAUCCGUUCACCUCAGUUUCCCAGCGUGGAAGUCUCACCGACGACGAGCUUCAAGGUUUGGACCAGUUGAUACCGGAAACCCACAGUCGCAGUGCCGAUGAAGGGAGCUUCAUCUCAGUGUUCUUCGACCAGGCAGAGGCAUUGGCCGAUGUAGAAGAAGUCACAAUGUUGUCCGACGGAACUGAGGCAUUCCCAGCUGUAGACGAAGCCAUAAUGUUUUCGAACGAAUUCAUGGAAUCUCCAGACACAGGCCCCAUCACAAUGUUCCCUGGCCGAGACAUCGAACUCGACCAAGGCCCAAUAUCUUCGGAUCAUGUCAUGCAAUCCCCUAUGGUAGGACCUGUCUCGAUGGAAUCUCCCAUUGGAAACCAAGCCGCAACGGUUGAGCAUGAAGGCUCGGAGAGUUCAAUUGAAGGCCAGGAGUCAGGUUACUACUUUGGCCAAGGCAUGGAAUACAUCACUGGGGAAAUAUCUUUGCCGGCUGAUCCCAAUGCGGCCCCAUCAUACCCUCCUCCAUCGCAUAAAAAUACCUACCCAGAAUCGCCGUCGCUCUCGAAGAGACAUCUCCGCAAAGGCACAGAAUCUCCCAUUGAGGACGAAGACUCAGUAUUUUCAGUCCUUGAAAUGGCAUAUCGCAAACCAAACUGUGCUCCAAUAGUUUCUGACCAAGACACGGAACAUCAGAUUGAAGGCCAAGACCAAGAGGAAACGUCCUCUGGCGAAAGCAUCGAAUCAUCAUUCGUAUUGCAUGAGGAUCUCCCUAUCAUCAGGUGGUUAUACGGCUACUGGGAUGAGGACUCAGAGCCAGAGGGCCAGCCCUCCUCAUUGAAGCAAGUUGAUAAGGACAGAGACCGCUUUAAGCGCAAUAGUGCAGACUUUGCCCGUCUUCCACCUAUUGAUUUUACCAAACCCUACAACGACUUCUGCAAAACCCAAUUUGGUUCACUGCUAACCGGCGGUGGCUUGCAAGAUUACAAACUUGCCGACGAAAAGAAGGUUGAGAAAAGGACGGAAGUAGCUGAUGAUCCGCUAGAGACAACCGAGGUUUAUUGGCCCCAAGAACACGAGGCGCACAUGCGAGAACUCUUCGCAGAGAUUGAGCUGGAGGGUGCCACACGGAUCUUGACAACUUGGCAAGAAGUGUAUGUAGAGCGAGGGGAAGAGGGGGAAACCAAAGAGGAAGGAGCCCAAGAGAAGCAAACUGAGACCGCUUUGGAAGACAGCAAGGAAAACAAAACGCAAGAGCUGGCUGUUCUACUAGAACAAAAGUAUUCACAGGUGAAGAGCUGGUUUGGAGGAUUCACCACCAGGGAGGGAAAUAAAAAGGAGCGAAGAAAAUCCCAGGCCGCUGAGCCGGAGCCGAAAGGUAAACUAAUGGGCUGGAUUGGAGGAUUAACUAGCGCAAGGGAGAAACCAACCCUUGAAUCAUUCGGAGACAGUUCCGGAUCUGUACCCCCAGGACCCGCUGAUCAAUUGGUGCGAAAGAAUUCCAAGAGGGUAUCCUGGCUUGGAGGAUCGCCUGCGAAGAAGCAAAAGCAAACCGAGGAAGUAUUCGGGGAUAGCCAGGAGAAGAUAGAGACAGAGCUUAUCCAUCCAUUGGAGAGAAAGGGAUCGAAACGGAGGAGUUGGUUUGCAGGCCAUUCUACUAAAAAGCAGGAGCAAACCGAGGAAGUGCUUGGGGACAGCCAGGAAAAGACAGAUCCAGGGGUUGCUCAACCAUUGGAGCGAAAGCGUUCAAAGCGGGCAAGCUGGUUUGGAGGACAUCCUGCUGAGAAAGAGGUACGAACUUCGGAAGAUAGCUAUGAAAUGUUAAUCCAAGAGGAAGUUCAUCCAUUGGAGCGGAAGGGAUCGAAACGGAGGAGUUGGUUGCCAGGACAUAUCGCUGAGAAGGAAGAACAAACUAAACCAGAUUCAGAAGACAGCAAGUUAACUCCAGCGUCUGUACAUCCACUGGAGCGAAAGGGCUCGAAGCGAAGGAGUUGGCUUCCAGGACAUUCCGCCGAGAUGGAGCUACAAACUUCAGAGGAUAGCCACGGAAAGACAGCCCAGGGGAAUGUUCAACCACUAGAGCGAAAGGGUUCGAAGCAGAGGAGUUGGCUUCCAAGACAUCCCCCUGAGAGGGAGGUACAGACUUCAGAUGAUAGCCACGGAAAGAUAAUCCAGGAGAAUGUUCAACCACUUGAGCGAAAGGCUUCAAAGCGGAGGAGUUGGUUUCUUGGACAUAAUAUUGAAAAGGAAGACCAAACCCAACGCCGUUCGGAAGACAGCUAUGGAAAGUCUACCCAAGCAUCUGCCAAUCCACUGGAACGGAAGGCUUCAAAGCGAAGGAGCUGGUUCCCAGGACAUCCCUCCCGGAAGGAAGGUCAAAUCAAAGGAGAUUCAGGAGAAAGCUGUGGAAUGUCAACCCAAGCGUCUCUCAAUCUGCUGGAACGGAAGGCCUCCAAGCGAAGGAGUUGGUUUCCAAGGAGUUCCACCGAGAAGGAGGUACGAAGUUCAGAAGACAGCCAUGGGAAGUCAACUCAAGGCUCUGGUAACCCACUGGAGCGGAAGGCUUCGAAACGGAGGAGCUGGUUUGGAAUGGUACCCCCGGAGAACGAGGAGCCAACCGAAGAUGCUUUGGAAGGCAACGAUGAAAACUUACCUCAGGGACCUGUUACUCCAUUAGAGCGAAAACGCUCAAAACGAAGGAGUUGGUUUGGAAUAACACCUGCUAAGAAGACCGAACAAACCCAAGAAGACUUCGACGGCAGUAAGGAAGAGAUAACCCAGGGAACAGCGGAACCAUCAGAGCAAAUUCUAGCGAAGCGGGCGAGCUGGCUGGGAGGAUUGAAUACACAGAAAGAGAAACAAACUAAGAAAGUCCCAGAUGACAGUCAGGACAAGAUAACUCAGGGACCAGCAGAUCAUCCAGAGCGAAAGCAUAGGAAGAGGGCGAGCUUGUUUGGAUUACCCAGCGAGAAAGAGAAGACCGAGCAGGAAAAUCAAGAGGAGCGGAAACGGAAGCGGAGCACCUGGUUUGUUUAA